AUGAUUUAUCUUCUCAUUGUUUCUGGAAAUAUUACCAUUCUGGUUUUAAUCAUCACUGACCCACAUCUGUAUUCUCCCAUGUACUUCCUGUUGGCCAACCUGUCUUUUGUUGAUAUGUGGCUUUCUUCAGUCACCACUCCUAAAAUGAUCACAGACUUUCUCAGGGAAAACAAGACCAUUUCCUUUGCAGGCUGUAUGUGUCAGAUCUUCUUUGCUUACUGCAUCGCUGCAGGAGAGAUGGUGUUGUUGGUGAUAAUGGCUUAUGACCGCUUUGUGGCCAUCUGCAAGCCACUGCAUUACUUCACCAUCAUGAACCUGAAGAGAUGUACUGGGUUUGUGUUGACUUCCUGGACAACUGGAUUUGUACAUGCCAUGAGUCACCUGGUAGUGAUUGUGGAGCUGCCAUUUUGUGGACCUAAGGAAAUAGACAGUUUUUUCUGUGAUAUGCCAUUGGUAAUCAAGCUAGCUUGCAUAGAUUCCGAUGAUUUGGAUGUUCUAAUGAAUGCUGGCUGUGGGGUUGUGGCUGUAACCUGCUUUAUUCCGUUGCUCAUAUCCUACACUUAUAUCCUAAUCACUGUACGACAGAGCUCUAAAGCUGGGGCUCAUAAGGCCCUGUCCACGUGCACUGCCCACAUCACAGUGGUGAUCAUCUUUUUUGCACCUUGCAUCUUCAUCUAUGUGUGGCCUCUCAAUAUCACCUUGUUGGAUAAAUUUCUUGCUGUAUUUUAG